GAGAGAGAGAGAGAGAGAGAGGGAGAGAGAGAGGCAUACACACACACACACAAAUAGAGAGAGAGAGAUGGGGCUUUAUCGGGUUGGAUUUUUGGUUCUUGCAUCGUUCUUCUGUGUUUUCCCUUUUCCGACAGAGAGCUUGGUUCGCCAUUACAAGUUUAAUGUUGUGAUGAAAAACACAACGAGACUAUGUUCGAGCAAGCAAAUCGUGACCGUCAAUGGCAGAUACCCAGGGCCCACAAUCUACGCUCGAGAAGACGACACGUUGCUCAUCAAGGUCGUUAACCACGUCAAGUACAACGUCUCCAUCCACUGGCACGGUGUUAGGCAGUUGAGAACCGGCUGGGCCGAUGGGCCGGCCUACAUCACGCAGUGCCCGAUCCAGCCUGGUCAAGUGUACGUAUACAACUACACGUUGACCGGUCAACGGGGCACUCUAUGGUGGCAUGCCCACAUCUUGUGGCUGCGUGCCACCGUCCACGGUGCCCUCGUCAUCCUCCCAAAGCGCGGAAUUCCUUACCCUUUUCCCAAACCCGACAACGAGAAAGUUAUCGUUUUAAGCGAAUGGUGGAAAUCAGAUACCGAAAACGUCAUUAACGAAGCACUUAAGUCCGGAUUAGCCCCCAACGUUUCCGACGCUCACACCAUCAAUGGCCAUCCCGGUCUCAUCAAGAGUUGUUCCUCGUCGCAAGGUUACAAGUUGUCAGUGGAGAGCGGCAAAAUCUAUCUCCUGAGGCUAAUCAACGCUGCGCUCAAUGAAGAGCUAUUCUUCAAAGUCGCCGGUCACGUUCUAACGGUGGUGGAAGUUGACGCCGUCUAUGUCAAACCAUUCAAAACCGAUACCGUCCUCAUAGCCCCUGGCCAAACCACUAACGUCCUCCUAACGGCCGUUAAACCCGCCGGAAAAUUCCUCGUCACCGUCUCUCCCUUUAUGGACUCGCCCAUCGCCGUCGAUAACGUCACCGCCACUGCCACCGUCCAUUAUUCCGGCACCCUCUCCUCCUCCCCCACCGUUCUCACCCUCCCUCCUCCUCAGAACUCCACCGCCAUGGCCGACGCCUUCACCAGCUCUUUGCGCAGCUUGAACUCCGUUAAAUACCCUGCCUUGGUCCCAAAGAAAAUCGACCACCACCUUUUCUUCACUGUCGGACUCGGUAUCAACCCUUGCCCCACGUGCAAACCCGCCAAUGGAAGCCGAGUGGUCGCCAGCAUCAACAACGUGACCUUCUCCAUGCCGACCACUGCUUUGCUCCAAGCUCAUUACUUCAACGUUAAUGGCGUUUUCACCACCGAUUUCCCCAAGAACCCACCUCACGUUUUCAACUAUACCGGGGCUCCUCCGGCGAAUCUUGCGACGGAUAAGGGAACCAGGCUUUACAAGCUCCCGUACAAUGCCACGGUGGAGCUCGUUCUUCAAGACACCGUAGUUAUAUCUCCGGAGAAUCACCCGUUGCAUCUCCACGGUUUCAAUUUCUUCCAAGUGGGUCGUGGAUUAGGUAACUUCAAUCCCAAUAAAGAUCCGAAAAGGUUCAACCUUGAUGAUCCUGUCGAGAGGAACACGAUCGGUGUGCCUUCCGGCGGGUGGGUCGCCAUCAGAUUCAGAGCUGAUAAUCCCGGAGUUUGGUUCAUGCAUUGUCACUUGGAGGUUCACACGACGUGGGGGUUGAAGAUGGCGUUCUUAGUGGAGAACGGCAAAGGACCCAACGAGUCCAUUCUGCCGCCGCCGAAGGAUCUUCCCAAGUGUUGAUGAAUCUUCCGACAAAGACAAAAACACAAAUAGAGAAACAAAAAAAAAA